UAGGAAAACUGCAUGUGUUGUUGGUCCUUCUGCUGAACCUACUGCUCCACGGGAUCGUAGCGCCACUCAUGCUUCUAACCGCAAAUGGUCAGAAGAGGCUAAUAGAGGAAGGGGUAGAGGAAGGGGUAGGAAUGCUGAACAAGAGCCUGCUAUACAGGAUCAGCAGGAUGAUGAGAUUAUGGUUAAAACGUUUGUUGUCAUUGUUUUUUAAUAAUUAGCAUCAUACUUUGGCAUUUUCUCUUUUGCAGUCAUGGGUGUUUGCCCACUUUCUCGGAUCCUUGUUUGAGCGCAGGGACAACCCUGCCUACACGCCAGACAGGCCCGUUGCACUAUCUUGGGAGGCGCUUCAAGGGACUACUGAGGUUGCGCAGAAGAGGAUGAACCUGGACACGUUUCCGGCCAGUUCUGUGAUUUGGAGACCUUAUGUAGAGCAUUAUGCUCACUGGCCCUUCCCUCAGGUUGCCUUGUAUAGGGGAUUUAUCAGGCAUGCCGGGAUGAUAUUCCCAUACCUCCCAGAUCGAGUCAUCAGGCAGUUUGUCAGGAUCCAGUAUGUGCCAGAUCCCCCACCAUCGUCAGUUACGUGCCGGGAGUGUGAUCGUCGAUUUGCGCACUGGAAUGAUCACAUUUUCCAUCUGUCGGAAGAAGCUGCUUUCCCUUUUCAGACCACUGGUGAAUACACUCCUUGGUAUAUCAAGGUCUCACACCCUUACAUGGUCCCAAAUGAGUACAAAGUCGACCGCUUCGCAUUUCUAGAGAGCCAGUUUGCGGAGCUUGCGUUGUACUCUGGCAUUGCGGUUGAUCCGACGACAGUUGGAUCGCCCCCACAAGGUUCACCGAUGUGGGAUGCGAUGCACAAUAUGCAUACCAUCAUCGAGGGAGCAGUGCACGGGAGGGGAAGAAAGAUCAGGGGAGGGGACUCGUGAGCUGGGCCUUCAAAUGCUGGGCGUUAGAUUUAGGGACCUUUGUACUUUUAUAUUUAUUAAUGUUUGUUUGUAUGAGUUCGGAUCAUUUAUGUUGUUGGAUAAUGUUGUUUAAUGUUGUUGGA